UCGUCCAAGGAACUCCCUGAUCUGAGCAAGCUGGCGGCCGUGGUUCAGCAGAGCAGAAAGCACUUCCUCUCUACGGACGGAAUUCCCACUCCACAGCUCGUCAUUGCAGCCUUGAAAACGUGCCAAGGCGCCGCAAAUGCGAUUCAACCCUAUCUAUCCAGGUCGGAGAAUCGUCCGGCCUCGACACUCACAGCAUCGACCGCUUCCAAUCUGUUAUCCCUGGACUCGAACUCGACUGCAGCUAAAUCUGGUAGCGCGUCGAUCCCGUCAGUUUCUGUCAAGGAUACAGUCGACACAAUCUCCGAGUCAGCAUACGAAAUUAUCGCCCACCCCACCGUUUCCAUUGGUCCCCAGGUCUUGGACUUAUACGUAAACAUCCAAGCUAGGCUUGGCAGGCCCGAGACACUUCCCCAUGUUUUCGAAUUGUAUGCGUCAAAGCCCAAACCAAAGGCGGUCGAGGGUGCAAUCUCCUAUGUUCAGCAGAACCCAAAUAGAGCAGACAAGGCAAUAGAAGCAAGUGUGGCCGAAACAGCUCUGGGGGCCGCCAUCGAUGCCAAGAAUCUGGACGCUGCGAUUGGCAUCGUUGAGGCCUGCUACGCAACACAAGCAUUCUACCGCCAAAAGCUUCUGCGGAAGGCGCUUCUGCCCGUCUCGGCCGUGGCAGUGGCACCCUUUGGAGUCUACACUCUUGCCUCCAAUCUCUCGGCAUUCCAGAACACAAUGGAGCCCGUGACGGCCACAAAAUUCGCCUUCGCCGCCAUCCUGGCUUAUUUGGGGUUCACGGCGACAAUUGGCAUGGUUGCUAAAACCACUGUCAAUGAUCAUAUGCGACGAGUCACUUGGGCGCCCGGUAUUCCGUUGCACCAGCGCUGGCUACGUGAAGAAGAGCGUGCGGGAAUGGAUGACAUUGCGUGCGCCUGGGGUUACAGAGAGCAAUGGCGACACGGCGAGGAAGGCGGUAUUGAGUGGGACUCGCUAAAGGAGUAUCUUGGUCUGAAGGGAAUGAUGCUUGACAGAGUUGAGCUGAUGGAGGGAAUGAGUUAA